AUGAACCAAAAUUUACUAAAAUUUCAUGAUAUCCAGCUCGCUGGAGUUGUGGCUAUUGAAAUGACUGGGAGGGCCAACCAUCGACUUUGUUCCAGGAAGACAGGUGCGCCCCAUCUGAGAGCCAUCUUUUACAGGAUGGGUUUGUCAGAUAAGGAUAUUGUAGCACUUUCUGGCAGUCACACACUGGAAGGGCUCAUCCUGAAAGGUCAGGAUUUGAAGGUGCCUGGACAAGCGAACCCCUCAAAUUUGAUAACUCUUAUUUUGUGGAAGCAACACAAACUCGAAGAAACCGAGGGACUUCUCAAGCUUCCAGCCGAUGAGGCUCUCUUGGGUGAUCCUGAGUUCAGACACUAUGUCGAGAUGUAUGCUAAGGACGAGGAUCUCUUUUUCAAAGACUAUGCAGAAUCACAUAAGAAACUAUCAGAAUUGGGAUUUACCCCACGAGACACCGAUUCUGCCACCAAAACCAUUGCGAACAGUGCUGUAUUGGCACAAAGUGCAUUUGGAGUUGCUGUUGCCGCUGCUGUUGUGAUCUUGAGUUACCGCUAUGAAGUUACCAGGAGAAAAUGA